CCGCCCGAGCGCCUCGCACGCUCGCCUCCACGCCGACACUCGGUCCGUGACAACCUUGCCGUGCCGACCCCGGCUCACAACAAUAACACGCGCGACCUCUAUCACUACCGACUCCACACGGAGCGCCGGGUUCUCCAGUGCCGGUGCAGUGCAGUGGUCGUGCCACGUGACCAGCUCCCGGGCCCUAAGGCCGACAUGUGAAAAACAAAGCCUUUGUGACAGCGCCGGCCAGCGGCAUGUGGCGUGCCAGAGUUACGCACAAAAUGAAAUAAUAAGAAAGCAUCGUGACCCCCGGCAUGAGGUCGGGGGAGGCGGGCGAGGGCUCGGAGCUGGCCGAGUUCGGCGCGCGCUGGCCCCCGCCCUACAACCAGGGCUACGGGUGGACGCGCUCCGCCACACCGCAGCACCCGCCGGCACAUCACCUCGCCAGGCACUCCAGGAGCCACCAGGACAAUCGGCAUACGAGCUAUGAGGCAGAAGACGCGAGAGGCAGGGCGCGGGGCGGGGUGUACUACUCGCCGCCCGGCACAUCGUACACCAUCGUGGAGAGACCAGCCUCCUCGCAUGGCCACCACACCUCGUACUCCCAUCAUUACGCGGGGAAGCUGUCCCGGGCACCCUACCUCGGUUCAACGACUAUUGCGAAUAGUGCAGCCGGGGCAACGAGCUUAAGAAACAGUACAAACCACUUGAGUGCAGCGAACGGCAAGAAACGACCGAUAUCGCCGGAACAGGUGCUUCGGUUGUUCGGACAAGGUGGCGCUGCAGCACUAGGGAAAGCGCUGCCGCCGUCGCAUCCUCCAGCGCCUCUGCCUGCACCCCUACCCGCUCGCAGGCACUCCCCUGCCAGCAGUCCCAGCAGCACUACGCAUCAUGCAAUAUACCGAGGGGGUGAACGUGAGCGGCCGUACUCAUCGGGUGGGGCGCCGCCGCCGCCGGCGGAACCCGCCACGCGAACCGUUACCAUGAGCCGAGACCCUGCCGACUCGCAUGGCUUUGGCAUCUGUGUCAAAGGAGGGAAGGAGGCAGGCGUAGGUGUGUACAUAUCGAGAGUGGAAGAAGGAUCGGUGGCGGAGCGUGCGGGUCUGCGCCCUGGAGACUCCAUUUUACAAGUCAAUGGCACUCCGUUCUCCGGGAUCUCGCAUGAAGAUGCUCUUAAGAUGCUGAAAUCGUGUCGUCAGUUGACGAUGACUGUGCGGACAGCAGGCGCACUGGUCGGACGGGCCUCAUGCUCGUGGAUGGACCGGUACGGACGACCCGCAUCGCCGCCACCGCUGCGUCCACCGCGGUCCUCAAGCAAAGACCGCUCCGUACGUAGGGUCGACCUUUGUAUAGAGCCAGGACAGUCGUUAGGACUAAUGAUAAGAGGAGGGCUCGAGUACAACCUCGGCAUCUAUAUCACUGGGGUCGACAAGGAUUCCGUCGCAGAUAGAGCGGGACUUAUGGUUGGAGAUCAGAUUUUGGAGGUGAACAAUCAGUCGUUCAUCGACGUGACGCAUGACGAGGCAGUCGCACAGCUCAAGUAUCACAAACGUAUGUCGCUGGUGGUGCGAGACGUCGGGAAGGUUCCUCAUGCUUGCACUGCAUAUGGGGAACGGGAUGCGGCUCCAAGAAUAAGUGGUUGGGGCAAGCGUCGUGGUGCUGCGGCUACGGCGGUGGAGCAGAAGGCUCGGUCGCUGCUGCCUCAGUGCGACCUGCCGGCCAUCGCUUACUACAUGGAGGAGUACGCCUCCAGGAGACUUACGCCAGACUCCUUCCUCACAGUCGUUAGAGAUCUACUAGAUACGCCACAGAAGUACACUCUUCUGACGGAGAUAAGAGAAUUCAUGUUACCAGAGGAUAGAGCGAGGUUUGAUGAGCUCGUCUACAGAAGAGGCGAGGAGCCCGUCGACCACCAUAUCAAGCGGGGUCCCGAGCGACACAUGCUACCCUCCUCGACGAUGCAUGAGUUGCACGACCCGGAGGGACCGGCGGAGGCACCUCUCGUAGCCGACCAUCGCUCGCCCUCCGAGGACUCCGGCCUGGGCCUGCCACCGCAUGACCAUGCUUACAGGAGCGGGCGCGCGUGGCGGCCCAGCGACGCGCCGCCCCCGGACGACGACCUGGAGCCCCCGCACGAGGAGUACGAGGAGGAGGGCCGGAGAUCUCGACGACACUCUUCCCCGUGCAACUCGAGAGAGGGCAGCACCACCGCGUUACACACACAACACUACGAUGACUCCGAUCAGUGCGGCUAUCUCGAGGGGCUGCGCUCAUCACUCGGUGGCUGGACGCAGAAAGUAAAAUCAUGGUACUGGGGACGACCUCUAGAGUUAGCACACAAUUUGUCACGAAGUUUCGACAUGAAAGAGGAUAGUGGUGCGUUGUUGGAGGAGCGGGGUGGCAUCCGGCGGCACCAGUCGAUGCAGCGGCUGCAGCACGGCGACCUGCCGGACGAGGCGCGCGCGGCGCGGGUCGUGCCUGACCACCAUGGCAACCUGCACAUCACCGUCAAGAAGACCAAGCCCAUCCUCGGCAUCGCCAUCGAAGGCGGUGCCAACACCAAGCACCCGCUGCCCAGAAUUAUCAACAUUCAUGAGCACGGAGCUGCUUAUGAAGCUGGUGGGUUAGAAGUGGGCCAGUUGAUUCUCGCGGUGGAUGGACAUCGCGUGGAGGGUCUCCAACAUCAAGAUGUAGCGCGGUUGAUAGCGGAGUCCUUUGCACAAAGGGACAAACCGGAGAUCGAGUUCCUGGUUGUUGAAGCAAAGAAAUCCAAUCUGGAGCCGAAGCCAACCGCGCUGAUUUUUUUGGAGGCCUAACAUCUACUGUCCCUCCCCGCCAGCGACCCGCCGGCCGCGCAGGGCAGCGCGGCGGCGCGGGCCGACCUCACCGCGCACACCACGGAAUAGCCAACUCCAACCUGCGCUGCCACAUGCUCUUCUGAGCACCGGCCGUGCGCGCACCGCGUGACGCGCCGCGACAGGUACGAGUGUACGACCCGCAUGGCACAGGGAGGCGACAUCGCGACAUGACGCAGCCGUCCGGAGCGACGGAACACUACUUACGAACACUACUCCGCACCGCCCGAAAGGUUUUGGAUGAAAUCGCUCGAGACCGAGAUGCGUCCGUCCCGCGACGGACGCUUCGGGAGUGCUGAAAUUUUUUAAAAAGUUUUCUAGGAGAGUAGCUAUUAAUCCGAUUUUACCAGUAGGCGGCGACUGAAUUUUAUAAAAGAGAAUCUCCUACUUUUACCGUUACUAUAAGUUCAUCUUAAAAUUCACAAAUUUUAAAAUCACAAUUUUUAAAAAUUAGAGAAAUCGAAAAAUUCCGCGACUAAUUUAAUAGAACUAGAGUUGUAAAGAAAUGACGAUAACAUAGAUCUUUCGAAUUUCAUUUAAAUCGUGCUAAAAUUUAAUGGAUCGGCAACGGUGCUACGAGAAGAUAUCAUGUUUCAAGUAAAGAAUCGUCCUCGAGUUCAGAGUCAUGUUCCCAUCAGUAGUUGUCACUAGAGUUCGUGUAGAGUGCUUCCGGUCGGCACAUCGCCACUCUGCCGUGCAGCGCGGCCCGACGCGGCGCAGUCCUAAGCAAGCUCAUUAUACUAUGGUUUAGUCGGUUGCCUCAUUGCUUCUACUGCAUUAUGUCGGCUUUACUAAUUAUUCAUACAUUUUAUAUUAGAAAUGAGACCGACUUUUUUAUUUCCUAUUAAAAACCAUUCGUUUGAGAUCACGUGUAUGCCAUUUCGAAGAAAAUCCAUCUUUUGAAUAGGUCAGCUCUAUUUUAAUUUUAACGCAUAAACCUGUAGGUUUUUAUUGAGUUCGUCUUCGAUAAAGCUUCGUAUAGUUUGCUUAGCGAGUGUCACAUAGAAGGUGCGUCAAACAUGUCAUUCCAUCAGGUAGUUAAGCGGUGAGUUUACGAAAUUAUGGCGGAGAGGGAUUUUAGCCCACUCACAUAUGGAUAUUAUACAUAGAAUUAAGUGAAUGUGUGCAAUAUAAUCAAUAUGUUAGAUGUUAGAACCAAUAAACAGUGUUUGGUGUCGAUGUAAGAAGACAUCACGCGGCGGCCACUCGGUGACGAGUGUCGUUCGAGUGAGUGCGUAGUGAGUGCGUAGUGAGUGCGCAGUGAGCGCGCAGUGAGUGCGCAGUGAGUACGAAGUGAGGAGCGGGCGCAGCGUGAUGUCGCGCUGUUCCCGUCACCGGUGUAUCGAUGUGAGUGUUGCUAGAGCUUUUAUUGUAACGGACAGCUACAGCUGUAGAUAUUGUACACGUUCCACAUUACUGACUAUGUACUAUUUGUAUAAAUGUAACAAGCUAUACUGAACCUCAUUACCCUUAUUGUAUCAACAAGCGAUCCUUGUAAAUAUAUUUAUAUAUCCGUAUCUACUCAUAAGCUGUAAAUAUCAAAUUUGAAUGUAUUGUAAUAUAAAAUUAUUAUAAAUAUUUAUUGAAGUUAGUGCCAAAAGCAUUUUACAUUCCCCCACUAGGCGUGUACAGUAUAAGGUAAGGCAGGCGACGGACGGUGACAUCCACCUCUGUCGGUGCUGGCACCGGACGUGUCUGCACUUACUUACAGUUUAUCGAUCGCUAAUCUCACUCAAUACGCUUCUAAUGUUAAGGUUCGAUCAUGAUUGACAUAUACUUUGGUUGUAUAGUUACAAUAAAUUGCAUAUUCAAAUAUAUAUAUCUGUAUUAAAGUUGUAUACUCUCACGUUGUACACGAUGGCGGCAGAAGUAUUGUAAUA